AUGACAUUGGUGACACUGACUAUUCAGAUCUCUAACAAAAGGAGUAACUCUGUUUCUGACCUAGAUAAGAAUUACAGAAAUGGGAUAUUUCAGAGUGAUGAGCAACAAGAAAACAUAAUAAUAAAGCAGAACACCCUGAAGUUAAGAGAUUUUGGAUCUUGUAGGAGUAUCUAUUCUCAGCAGGCACACAGUACCUCCCCACGCUGGUACUGAGCACCUCAAUGUUUGCUUACAAAUGGCCUCUAUAGUUACAAAAUUGGCAUGUGGAGUCCUGGCUGUAUUUUCUAUGAAAUCACAAGUUUCCAGCCUCUUUUUCUUGGAUGUAGUGAGCUGGACCACAUCUCAAAAAUCCAUGAAGUGUUAGGCACUCCUGGUAACAAAAUCCCAAAAGUUCAAGCAGUAAGUAUGCACUCCCAUAGAAUCCUCCCUUUAAAGAAAGGAAAAGGAAAGUCUUCUCUUGUGCACAAAUUGCCUUUUAAAGCUUUCUAUCUCCUGUAUGCAAUGACAAAAUAUGACCCCAAUGACAGAACUGCUGCCCAUCAAGCCUUACAGCACCCUUAUUUUCAAGAACUCUGGCAAGUGACUUCAAAUCACUUCAAUUUUGAAGACCAUUCUCUCAGGAAAGUAGGGAAAAAAACCAAACAACAACAUGGGCCUCCACUGGGAGAAUUAACAGAAUUAAAUUUUUCUGGAGUAGCCAAAUUGAUUUCCUUUCCUACUCCUACAUUGCAUUCAGUUUUCUGGAAACCUAAGGAAGGUGGUGGAACCCCUGUGUUCCAGUCUGUCAGAUUUAUUGGAUCAAAUAUUGAGGUGUAGACUCUCACUUGCCCACUGACACAUUUGAAACUUCUGUUGUUUCUUCAACAGUCUGAGAAACAGAAGGCACUUCAGUGUUCCCUGAAACAUUUCCAUUUGCCUGCUACAGAAGGAAUAGAAGUGAGGAAAAGCCCAACUAUGCAGUGAGAGAGACCCAGUCAUGCUUCUUUGUCAGAGAUCUAACAAGAACAGCAGUGUCUGAUUUUGUCUUGCUCUGACAAUUUGUAGGAAAACCCCACAAGGUUUGAGGGCUGGUUUCCUACCAUUUUGAUAUUAUAUUCCUGAAGGGGGUCAAUAUUUAAUUAAAGCAUUGUUCUGGCAGAGCACAGAGAGAGUUCUGCAUUGAACUUCCUAAGUACUUGUUCCUUUCAGAACCUGGUGGAGGAGGUUGGUUAAAAAUAACAUGAAAGGAUUCUUUGAGUUCAAGUAUUAGGAAUGGAAUGUUAUCUACAGAAUUUAAGUUUUCAAAUUGUAUUACAAAUGAUAGCUAACUGCUGUAUUUUUUUCUUAGAUUUAAGGGUUUGGGGUUUUUUUCAGUUAGCCCUGGAAAUGAUUCCCCUCCUGUAUUCAGUAACUUCCAUCUCAGGUUUUACUGAGAAUGUGCAAAUAGUGCUAAUAUAUGAGAUACUUGAUUUUCAUGCAGUUUCUGUAACUGCUGAAUAUUUUUAUGUAACUAUAUUUAAAAGCUAAACCAACUUCUUAGCUGAUUGAAAAGCAAGUAAAACUUAGUCAUAGUUUGAUUCAAGCCAUUGAUCUUAACAUUAAUCAAAAGUCUUAACAGGGAGUGAUAUUGCAGCCAGUUGCUUAAAAGAGCAGUAAAAGCACAUAGCUGAUCAUGCUUCAGAAAUCUGGCACACGGAUCAUCAGCAACAAUUUAACAGAAUAUUUCCUAUUAUUAAAUAAGGUAAGAGUUAAAAGGCAACAUGCUUAUCUUACUAGGAAAGAGUCUUUAUUCCAAAUUGAUACCACUGAUUUAAAAAUUACUGAGAUCUAAAAACUUGCAUUAAAUAAUUUGCAAUACUUAAAUUUGGUGAUGUGUUAGAGAACGUUUUGUAAUUUAGAAAACCAAAGUCUGUGCAAGUCAUACUUGGCUGGGGCUUAAAAAUCUUCUGCCUACCAAGUGUGCAUGCAAGACAGGUUUGGCAAAGAACUUUUUUGGAGGUUUUAAUAGUUAUAAAAGUUGCUCUGCUCAUAAUGGGGAAGUGAUCAUCUUUUUUUCCAUAACCAAACACGGGGCUCUGGUGCUGCUGUUCAAAAACCCAGCCGUGAGCAGGAGGCAAAGGGCAUUUUGUGUGAGAGGUACUGCUGUGGGCAGCACCACGGAAAAUGGGGCACUGGGAGGAGCACAUCACAUCCAAGUCACUUACCAGCCCUGAGGCAUCAAUCUGAGACUUGUGCUCUAGAUCCAGACUAACUAUUUAUUCUAACCAAUUAAGAUACACAAUGCAGUAAAAUACAGGUUAACAUCAAGAUCCUGUAAGAGUAAAAAUUAAGCCUGUUAUGUUCUCAGCUCUCCUUCUGAGACUCCACAGGGCUGUGCGUUUGUUAAAAUAGUUAUUCCUCUCACUCAUUUGAGCUCUUCCAGUAAGCAGGCUUUUUGCUGUGGUUUGUGGAUUGGUUGAUAGUUUUUGUAAGAGGCAUCUCAACACUUGUAGGGUUCUGUUGUGACUGGAUUAGAUCCUAAUCCUUGUUCAGGUCAACUUUGGACAACUUCGAGCAUGCCCAAAUUCCACACUGAAGCUUUUCUGUGUGGAGAAGCUCAUGAGACUCAAGUUCUCUAUGAAUCCUUUUGACAUCUACUGCUUAAAAGCACUUGUCUAACUUAUGUUUGUCUUCAUGUUUAGAAGAUGGUGUUAUUAUCACAUACUAUACUGAGGAUCAAUGUGACAUUUGUAAGGAGAUUCUUGAAAAUGUGAAAAUAGUCACAGGGUAAAUGUGGUGCAGACUGUGGGAGUAUUUGAUCUUGAUUCAAAUUUGACUAUCCAAGUUAAAUAUCGUGCACCUGCAUCAUGUACCAUUGCUCAAUUUAUGUCAUUUCUUCAUAGCAAACUUUCAGAAUCUCAAUAGCAAGAACGAAAAAACAUUCCAGCCUUGGCAAGAAUUUUAUAGAAUUUUGCACUUUGUUCAAUUUGCACUUGAACAAGGCUCUGCAGGGAAACCUCUACUGCUGCUACUUGCACUAGGUGUGCCAAAGGAAGAGCACAUUUCUGUUACUAGGACUGAACAAAUACAUGAGCCGAGUUUUAGUGGAGGAAGUGCUUUACACCAGUAGAGUGGGAACACUGUAACAAAGGGAAACAGGAGAACACAAUGGUACAGCUAACUGCUCCUUGUCAUUUUAUUGAAACUCCUACUGCAUGGAUGCUGCUUUCCCCCAAUUCCAAGCAAAAAGUGUUCUCCUGAACACAGUACCUCAAAGAGCAGUGAAGGUAUGUAGAACCACAGUGACUGGCUGAGGUUUCCUGCUCUAUUUCAGUGAAUCAUCUCCCCACAUCUGUAUGUGCCUUCAUGUUAGCAGCUCAUGCUGACAGAACAGAGAACUUCAACCAUAAGGCAACAGAGUAUUUGUCUGAAUACUUACCACAGGGAUUUUUUAUAGACAGACAGAUAUGUGAAAGGUAUGAUGCUACACUUAGAAAAUGAAAUUAAGGACUGCAGGUCUAUAGGCAGGCCAUACAGUGCAACAGUAACCUCCAAGUUCUUACCUUUGGAACACUGAGCAAAAGGUGCCAUGAGCUUAUCCAGGGUUUUUUCCAGAGAGGAAGAUGGUGAGUUGCUUAGUGCUGAUAUAUUUGGAGUUGAGCAGAAUGAGUAGCAUUAAAAUUGAUAGUCUAAAAAUAGUUAACUAACAGGAUCCAAGGGAGCUUACUCUCCACUGUUGUUAAUUUCUUACCAAAAAAAGGACAAAUCCUGCUACCCACAUUUGAUGGAUUGUUCUGACUCAGAUCUCCCUUACCUAGCACUAUACAGCAGGUCAAAGCUCAGAUUAUCUAAAGUAUAUUCCUGAUGGAGAUGCAUUUAUUGUAUUUGUUGCUUCCCAUAAUCAGUUUCUGGAAGCCUCAAAUCACAGAUGCUGAAGUUUAAGUAUUUUGACUAAAAAUAUAAAAUUCCAUCAGACUGUGUUCUUUCUGAUUUCAAAAGUGUUAUUGCCACUGUUUGCUUCCCUCAUUAAUAUAUCAGGUAGGAGAUUAUUCAUACACCAGGAAAAAGAUGAAGACAGAAUUUUUGUAAGUUUUAACCUGGAAAAAAAGGGCAAUCAGAAUAACAUCUUGCGUAGUAUCACAUUCUGUGUAUCUGGGGCUGUCCAGCUGUUAUAAUGAGAAUGGCAAUUUCAUGUUCAACAGAUCAUUUUUGCUAUAAAAUUGCAAAUCUGAAGUGAAGAACCACAUUGGAAUUUUUGUUCAUGUUGUUAUACUUUCAGGUGGAUCUUGCUCAGCUUGGCACAUACAGUACUUCAGGGAUAUUGAUUUCCUAACAAGUUCCUUGCUGUAAAACCUCUGGAGACAACUUACACUUCUCUGGCUGUUGGAUGAAUAGGCAAACUUGAGUUUUCCCACCGGCUUUAUAGUUAAAAUACACCCAAACUUUAAACUACAAACUGGAUUCUGCAAAUCCCAGUUGUGAACGUUGCUGCAUAAGAAAAAGGGAAGCAUAUGAUGGAUACUUCUAUUCUCUGUCAGUCUGGGGCUGGACAUGGAGGGUUGGUCUUCGCAAGAACUACUGAAAACAAGUUAAGUGGUGUGUUGACUGAUUAAAAAUGACAGGUGUUUAGACAAGCAACAUUAACCUCUGCAAAUCCACACUUGUGGAUGUCUAUCCCCAUCACACUUACCAGUUUAAGACCACUGAAUUAUAAAUGAGAUGCCUGAUGUAAAACAAAUGAGUCUCAGAAAUGCUACUCCAAUAUGUUAGCCCAGUUUCUGACUGACAUCAUAAAGUGUGUACAGCUGCUGUGGGAUCUUCCACUUCCCAACUCCAAAUGCAGGGGACUACACAAUAACAAAAUCCUUACCCCAUGAAGUUGCCUGUCUGUGAAAUUGCUGCUGUAUGAAGUAUUUAAACUGCAGGAUGUGUUUGGGGAUAAGCCAUUAAGAACAAGAAGAGAACAACUGUAUUUCACUUUCCUAAUUGAAAUUCAAUUCUAUUAAAUAUGAAGCAAUGUUCUAGGUGUUUUUGAAAGGAAUUUGUUCUACAAAGCUUAGGUAGUAUUUCUGUACCAAACAUUUAAUUCAGCAAAGAAUUGGUUACAUCAAAAGUGAUUGGAUUUGAACAGAAAGUAAACAAAAAUGCAUAUUCAAGAUAGUUUAAUAUGUAUUUUCUGAAUUAGAAAUAUCACUUUCUUAAAUGAAUGAGAAUUUCUAGUGUAAUGAUCCAUUACUCCCAUCCCCCAUCACUGAAUUACAUUAUUUAUACAUAUAUUACAGAGCCGAUUGCAGUUGGAAACAACAAUAUUAAAAUAAAUGUUUAAUAGAUACAAAGGAUCUUUUCUCCACAACAUAGUUUUUCUGGUGUCUGGACACCAAUUUUAAAGUAAUUCUCUAUAAGCAUUAAACUAUUUAAGUGCAAAACAAUUUUGUUUUAAAAAAAUCUAUGAUUGCAGCAUCCAUCUUCCUGAAAAACAUUUUGAAGCCAGAAAGUAAUGACUUUCAUUUUCCAUGAGUGCAUUCCAGGCUGUCUUCUAGCCAUCUCUGGUUAAAAAAAUCAGUGCAAAAUAAACAAUGGUGAAGUACUAGUUUAACCAUUGAACUUACUUGAAUUUAAGAAACAUAUCUUAUUUUACACUAUAUAUAUAUAUGUAUAACUUUUAUUUAUAUAUUUAUAGAGAGAUUAAAUUACACUGGACUUGAAAAGUAUAAAGAAAACAAAAAUGUUACUACUUUUUUCCUGCAGUACUAAAGGAAGCUUUUUGCUUUUUCUCCAAUGCAAACUCUUCCUUGGGUGAGCAGCCUAGCAGGAUCAGCUGUAGUGAGAACUCCUUACAUUUGUCCUUUGCAAGUCACUAUGUGAUUCACAUAAUUCCAUGUUUACACUCUGCCACAUUAUAAUUUGUGAUGCUCUUUGCCUGAAGAACAGCUCCUGGUUCCACUGCCAUUACUUCUUGUCCUGCGUUCAGAGAUUUGCUAGCAGUAGUGUGAUGCUAUACUACAGUUCCACUUGGAGAAUUGGCCUGGUUUUGGGAUGACAAUAAACCCUGCAAACAAAGCAGUUUACAUUAAUCCAGCAAGAGAACCUGACAUGAAUUUUAUAAAGUUCUUAACCUGAACCUACAACGAGUACAGUUGAUUUUUACCAACACUUGCUUAUUAGCACCUUCUCUCCUCCAAAGGCUCUAAGCCACCACGAUCUCAGGCAAGCAGUGCACAAAGAGCUCUCAGACAGGAAGAAACGUGCGUUUAUGACACGGAAUGGAUCUGGUCCCAGCAUUUGGUUUAAUCUACCUUGCAUUUGGAGUCAUAGUGAACUGUGAAACUUUAAAAAUCAUACACCAAAAAAGUGAUCAGCAUUUUACUGGGGUGUCAAAGCCUAUUCCGAUAUCAAUGUUUGACACCUGACCUGAUACAGGGAAACACUCCAUCUCUUAUAUGUGGUUGAGUAUUACAAGGUUUGAAUAGAAAAAUACAUCAUCUAACCAAAUAUUUGUUUUGGUAAUUUUAAAACAGAAUGAAACCCUGACAAGAGUUCAGUAGAGAUUUCCUAUUACAAUUUAAGUUCAGGAAAACUUGGUACCAGCUCUUCUAACUACCCUGCCAUUCAAAUCAAGAGCCUUAUUUCACACACAGCCCCUCAGUGCACAAAGGCUGCUGCUCCGGGUUACAGCAGCUACACCUUAAACCCCUGGGUACCAAUGGACAGACUCCAUUUCAGAUUUAUGCAUAGUAGCCACUUUUUAAUAAUUCACCUCCAAGCAACUUUAUCAGGCUUACUUAGGAAAAGCUUAGUGUCAAAAUACAAUUUAGCCUUAUAAGGGCAUUAGUUGGUUGUACCGAGUGCCAGCAGGCCAAGGAGCAGCUGGCAGCACACCAGCAAGUAUCCCCAUGCAACUCCUCACCUGGUAGGUAUCAUAACUGCACUUUCAGCAACUCCUCUAAGCAGCUCCCAGCUUAUGUUCUUACCUCAAAAUUAAGAUCCUGGGACUCAGAUCCAUCAAACUAGACAAGAUCAGGCAGCAAUUAGCAUACAGAAAAAGACAGAACUAUGUCACUUCUUCAGAAUCUACAGGAGCUCUUUCAAACUUGGAUCCAAGAACUGAGAGGUCAUGAUGAUGGAAGUAAACCCUGACCUCAGAAGAGGUGGAAAGAGGGGAAAGAGGGCCAGACUGACUGGAUUCAAGUCAUCAAAUUCCUGUGAAAACCAAAGCCCUUCUUUUUAAAAGAACAUCUGAUCAUUUCAAACAUGUCAUGAGCCUGGAUAGCUUGUAGGAUUUAUGACAGACUGUAUUUGCAUAUGGUCCAUAUAACAUUUAUAUAUAACAGGCCACAUGGAAAUUAACUUGGUGCCUUCCACAGAGCUCACCUGAAGGAACCUGAACACCUUUAUUUGUAUUUGUUUAUGCAGGGAAUAUCUGGUUCAGACACUGUUGAGGUAGACUGAAGUGGGUUGUUCUUUACAUUUGACAUUUGGGAUGUGCAAAGAUCCUGCAUAUUUCAUGAGAACAAAAAGUUUCCUGGUUAUUACUUAAGGACUAGAUGGUGAAAGAAGGCAGAACUUUAGAACAAACAAGCCACUGAAGCACUUCUGAAAUUUUUACCAGGGAAGUUUUGUUGCAAAAUGACAAGGUUGAAUCAGAAUUCGCUAGUUCAUUACUGAAGCAUUCUUCACAAGUCUAUUAAAUCCAGCAGCAACUGGAAGGUCUUUCUUGUCAGAAGAUUACAUCCACUAAGCAACUUUGAAGUACCCUGGAAAAAGACGUCCAAAGGUAUUAUUUUCAGUUUUAAUUAAAUCAGCCAUCCACACUGUUCAUAUGCAAAUAUGUGCUUUAUAAACACACAGGAAGCUCUAGGGAUGGCAUAAUGUCAAGUCUUUUUCAACAGGCUCAUAACAACCCUAUACAGGAGAAAUAAAUCUAUUCUAGCAUUGGAUUUACAUUGUAACACAACCAAUUCCUGGGAAACAAAAUGAAGUUCUUUUCCUAGGAUUCCUCUAGAAACUGGCAGCACAUACUGAAAUUCAGUGUGGUGCCUUAUUCCCUGUGAACUAUGAGCCAUUCUAGAAUACAAGUUUCAAGACUAGGAACAAGGAGUCAGUCCUAGUUACAUCUCAUAGGUGGUGAAUGCUCCCUGCUGUGAAGAGCAGCAGCUCAGUGCAGAUGGCCUUCAGUGAGUACUAGGAAUUUCUUGUAUGUCAGUCCUUGCUCUGAAUUAAUUCUGCAACUCUGAGCAGGCAAGCCAGAGGAACAAUGAAGUGGAAAUAACCUCAAGACCAAUAUCCUUGUGCUUCUGCAGAUGGAACAAAUGUAUGCAAGUACUGCCUUAAAACUUGGACUAGGCUAUGAUACCAUUCAGAAAUUCACUCCUAGGGGAGAGACCACAAAGUUUGUGAGUUCUUCCAAGUACUUGAUUUCAGAAGAGAUCUUAAAUGUUCAUACAAGAAAAGCAAGAGUAUGAAUUUGGUUUUUAGGCACAUAAGUUUCACUGAAGGUGGUGAGUUCUCAGUGGGUCCUGAUUGAAACAAAAAUUCUACAGCAUUUUGCCAUUGUUCCAGAGCCUUCCAAGCAAGGCUAUUAAUCAGAAUGUGUUUGGUGAUAGAGGAAAACAACCUAAGAAAAGCAAGUGAGGGCUCAAAUAAAGUUACUGCUCUGAUACAAAAGUUCUCAGUAAAUCUCAUCUGUGAUACAAAGGGUGUGGCAUUGGAACAGUUGUAGUUACAUUCUCUGGAAGAACACGAUGGGUAAGGUAAUGAAAAGAUAUAAAAAGCUCCUGCCUGUAAAGAAAGAAGAAAGCCAUUAGAGUGUAGUGCUUUCUGUGAUGGAACCACCCAGUCUAUCAGGUGGGAAAAGAUGAAACAAAAGCUGCAGCAACUUAUUAGAGCAACAGCCAAGUCAGCCUGCUUAAGAGCUGUGACAGAAACAGGGAAGAGCAGAGCCACAACAGCUGCAGCUCUGCCGCGUGGUGCGGCAGCUUCGGCCUAAGGACAAACAGAUCCCACUGAGCAAGCAGCAGGAACAAAUUAAGACACUGCUCAAAGUUUUGUAAAUAAAUGUAGUGUUUUAUUAGCAGUAGUAUUUUGUCAGCAUAGGAGUCUAGCAGGCGCGGGGAAUGGAAAAGUUAUGAGAUUCAAGAGAGGAAUUUAGUGAAACAAUAUUCAUCCCAACCUCAGAGAGGUAGCUGCUGUCAUCUCAGUGGGACACUGCACAGCUGAGCAAUGCAGCUGCAGAGGAUGGGGUCAUCUUUCCUAAGUCAGUCAGUGCUGUGAGUGCUGAACACAGGCUAUCUCCUGUUUAUCCAUGCAUUCUCUGACUUCCUGAAACACACAGGACUUUGCACAUCUGGUGAAAAUACGCUGGCAUGGGGAGGAAUGAAAAGCCAUAACAAACACAAUCAGGAAGGCCAUUUGCACCCGAGGUUCAUGGCACUCAUUGCUGGGGUCUGUUUGCUGCAGCAGCACAAACCCUCCUCCCCAUGUAUGGGAUUGUGAGGAGAGGGGUGGGUAUAUUUUUAAAAAUUCCAGAUACAAUCCAGACAAAAGUCUGGGGUUUUUUUACCAAUGACAUGAAAUGUCAUGUUUCACAAGAGAAACUAAUUCUAUGAAAGAUCAGCAUGUAAUUGCUGUAUUAAAAAAAACACAAAAAAACCAAAAAACAAAAAAACCCCACACCCACAAAAAACCAAAAACAAACAGGAAGGUAUUGCAAUAUUAAAUAGGAAAAUAGUAAGCAGUAGCCACUGAGUUAAUAUUUUCUUAAUUUAAAUUAGAAGAUGUUUAAUUGGAGCCAAAGGUGCAAUCAUACACAGUUCCACUAAUCUAGAUAAUACACAGCAAGUUUGGACAUGCAAGCAGGAUACAGAAAGUGCAUGUCUCCUUCAGGGAAACAGCUCCACUGGCACUCAGAACAUGCUGGAUGUCAAACUCUGCUCAUCUUUUUACUUUCUGGUUUGAAAUUGAAAGGUAGAAAAAAUAAAGGAAAGGGUCCAACAUAACAAACAAUCCAAUGUAAAAAAAGAAGUCUCAUAGUACACUUCACUAAUGCAAUUAAACCAGUUAAAAUGUGUCUGAAUUAACAAAUGCCCAUACAAGAAUGGUACUGGUUUGUCAAACCAUUUCUACUAUUGCCAGUAUGUAAAAUAAUGGGAAGUUAUUAUUUGAAAAAUACUGCAGAAGUAGUUUAUUCUUGUCCAGAACUGUGAUAUUCCUGAGUAAUUAGGGCUACUAGGUAACUAGAGUUACAAAGUAAUCUGGACUGAAGCUUUGCUUGAGAAAAGAGCCCAUGGUCCAUUAAUGUUGGAACAAUAAUACACCAAAACCAAAGUGAGGUUUCUCAUAUUUGUUUAAAAUUCUGUAGUUAAAUUAGCUGAACUGGUUUUAAGACUUGCAUGAACAAAAUCUUCAAGUUCUUUAUCCAAAGAAUAAGUCUUUAACAGCAAAAGUUUCUAAACUGCAUAUACUCACUAAAUCAUAUAUUAAUCUAAUGGAGUAAUAAAAUUAAUUUAGUAAGAAUGCUCAGGAAAGCACAUGCUGUUCAUAUACAUAACAUGCUACAGAGAAAUAUUCUGUAGGGUUUUAGGGGGAUACAGCAAAGCUGAACACAGUUUGUGUGUUCACUAAAUGGGCUUUUAAAUUUGGAUUCCCUUUGCCUUUUUUUCUCUGUUCUGAUAACAUUACACAAAAGUAUAAAUACAUAAACCAUUUGACACCAGACCUCAUAAAAGACUGUAGCACCUUUAGGGUUUCACUUGAAACUUCUCUUCUGUGCAUAUAAAGGGGUUUUAACAGAGGUGACUGUCAACAAAAAAAAAAACAAAUUCAAGGCUGGUAGAAAACCAUCAGUAACUAAAAAUCUGUCCAGUAGCACUAGGUGAAUGGAAGAUAUGCAGGUCCAAGAGGAAAAAAAAGUAAGAUGCAACUACUUGGGUGCUUGAAAAUGCAAAAAGGCUUUUGCCAGCAGAAACCUGACCUGGGCUCAAAAAAUAGGACCUUAAGCUUCAAUCAAGCAGUAAGGGCUCACAGACUUAUAAACUGUUGUUUCUCUACUUUCCUCAAACUACAAAAGUCAGUUUAGAAAAUAAUGUAAUUGAGAUAAACCAGGGAAAACCUCAGGGAAAAGCAUAUGACUUAAGGCAACCCCAUGUGAGUUAGCAGUAAAGCAGCUGUGGUCUUAGCAGAAGAAAGGAGGCAAAUGAGUUUGAUAAGGUUGAGCAGCACCUACCUAAAAUCCAGCUUCAGAACCCAGAAAAUAGCAUUAUCUUAAAAGUUAUUUCCUUGAGAAGUUAGUGCAACAUUAUGAAAGGCAAGUAAAAUGAUACCUUCAUGUUUCAAGCCAUAUUUUGCCAAAUACCUUCUCUGACCACAAAACCUGUGGAAGCUGUGUUUUGUUUCAGGCUCACACUGACUAUUGAGAAACUGGUUUGACCAACCAGUUCUUGCAUAAUUUGAUAUAACUGGAUGUUCCAGAAGUGUUCAAGCAGAUUUCAUUUUUUUCUUUCACUGGCCCCUGUUCUUAAAUAUGCAUCUAUGUUCUAUGUACAGAUCAUCACAAUGGUCAACCAAUACCUUUGAAGUACUACAAAGUUCUCAAGUUUACAUAAGAUGAUUGCCUCAGCUUUAGUCUACAGAGUACUUUUGCACAAGAGACAAACAAGAGUCCUCCCUGUCAGACUAGACACAAAGUAACUCACUUUUACACUGAAAUUCCUCAAAAAUGCCUCUGAAACAUUUCAGUAAAUAGCAUUUGUUUGGCUUUUCUUUGUUAACAAAGAAUGACCAUUGCAAAGGUGAGACAAUGCCUAACCCCUCAAAAGGAAGGGCAACAUCUGAAGUCUUCACCUAAAUUUGCUCCAAGAAAUUUUGCAGUCAAAGUUUUAGACUAGUUUAUUUUAGUUCAGAUGAGUUUCAUGCUAGACUAUUUUUUUCUAGACAGAAAAUGCUUGAAUCAUCUGUAUGAGCCAUAUCCUCAGGGCUGUAAAUUCAGCAAACAUUAGGUAAACACCAAGAUCUAAAGCUGGAAUAAAGAACAUACCCUGCACCAGAGUCCACAGAGGAAAGAGCUCCUGUAGAGUCCUAGAAGGAAUGACGACACUCUGCCCCAGCUGCUACCGGACAGGAGUGCAGAGAGAAUCUAGAUACAGCCAUGUCUGUGUUCUGCUGAAUCUGAGUUCAAACAAGUUUGAAAAGUGGUUUGGGAGCUCACCAGCAACUUUCACUCAUGUAAAAUGGAGUUGCUGCACAGACAAUGAACAGUCAGUUCUGAAGUCCAACACAGAAAUCACGUAAGUAGUGACUCUGACCACUGAGUUCAGUGAAAACUUAUUUUGCAUAUGCAAGUACCACUUUGGGGUUUUGUGGGUUGCUUUUGUUGGGGUUUUUUAAUUGCUUCUGCAGAUCCUGUAAUUCAGUUUGACGUAGCUAUAAAGAUAGCACAAUAAAGUUUACUUUUGUUCCUUCCAAAUUCUGUUUCUAUCUUUCCAGAUUAAUCCAACAGUUCUGUAAUCCCGUUUAAAUUUGCCAUCAGGGCCUGGGAAAGACAGGGGUGAGAGACGACAGCUAAUUGUCACCAUGCUGAGAAGAAAAGCUCAUACUCUUGUUAAGGCAACCUAUUUUUCUGACCGCCCUGAACCUUCUUUCACAGAAACCAGCUCACCAAAAAAAAAAAAAAAAAAAAAAGAGAGAGAGAAUAAAAAAUUGAAACUAAUGAACCCUGAGCCUCAUCCAACUUGUUUCUAAUUGAAUUUUGCCAUUCGCUUCACUUCACUGACUGGGAGUUGGCAGAGCAGUUCUGGAAGUGCAAUGCAAGGACGGUGCAUCCCGUGAGGAAGCUCAAGGUAUGAUUUGGUACACACCAAAGCAGUAAUUUGGAAAGUUUAUAAACAAACUGUCAGGACAAUAUCAGCACUGUACAGACUAUCAACUAUCACAGGGAUCAUGGCUGAAGAGACACUUCUGGAUUUAUUUUCCACUCAGGGCAGCACAAGCCCAACCAGAAAAAUAAACAGAAUGUGUCAUACACUGUCAAAUUAUCCAGCACAUGUUUUGAUGGCUGUUGGAAAUGAGAGGGAGAGGUAGCACUGGCUCAAUGGAAAUUACAUUAGACACUGCAAGCCUCCUUCCCUUUUCCAUCCAAUUCUUUCUUUAGGCUGGCAGUGGCAUCAAUUUAAUGAAGGCCUUCUGAGGCAAUGAUGGAAGCAGCAGCAAGAUUCAGAGGCUUGUACUCUACAGAGUUGGCAGACAAAAAAGUGACAGAGCUUUAGGAUCACUUGGGGAGCCAUAUGUCAAAGGAAGACUAGAAAUAGCAACUUUAAACCCCAGAGUAAUGGGACAUCCUAGGAUAAAACAGCUGGUGAAACAGAAAUGAUGGCAUAUAACCCAGUAAGAAAGACAUCACCAUGAGUGUUUUAUACUUUGACAAUUCUCAUUAAAUAAAAUUAAGUGCUUUCCUAUAAACAAAAAGGAUGCUCAUAACGUCCUUCUGGCACAAGUAUUUUCCUAACAAAGCCCUGUAAACAUGCCACCAAAAUUUAGUUUUUACCAGCAGAGUGAGCUCACUAGAAAUGCAAGUGAAAUCAGAAAAACAAAUUAAUUUGUAAAUUUCUAAGUAAAUACAUCCUAAAGAAUAUGGCAUUUACAUCAGUGUGCAAUAUAUUAAUUUUGAAAGUGAUAACUUCAGCAUGAAAAUUACUUACCUGUAGUUAAAGUUUUCCAUAUUGGCCAAUACAUAAAUCCUGAUUUUUGGUACUGCAUACUUUAUCUCUGAAAUAUUUGAAAUGUCAUAUUCCAAAUCAAAGUCAAUACACAAAAAUAUUUAAGUUAUACUCAGUCUAACAAAACCCACCUCAGCCACUGAAAAAUAAAUGUGACAUGUAGUGUUUAAUAGUAUUCAAAGGAGUUUUAGAACAAAAAGAAAAUGUAGCUCACAAUAGCAAUCUGAGGCACUGCUGUAAUUAAUAAGAUGUGAAGUGCACUGAGUCACAAAAGUGUAAUUGGUUUAAUACUUUCAUUUUGAGCAAACAUUUUAAAUAAUUUAGUGUUUUAAGGGAGUGCUUUUAUUUUUUAAUUAAUGCUGGAUUUGUAGUUCUCAGGCAAAAAAAUACUUUUAGGUAACACCCUCCUCCCUUCUCCCAUAAAGGGGUUUUCAAUUUUAAGUUUUAGAUUCAACCUUUAAAGAUGCAUUAAGAUGCAGAACAGACACAGAUUUUUAUGCAUACGUAUGUUGUGACUAAUUUGAUAAGAUCUCAAAAAAGCCUACAUUAUACAAACAAUUUUUAAGAAAAAUAAUUGAGUUUUACUUGCAAGUUUAUAGGAAUGAAGAUGUGGUAUCUAAAUAUAUACAGUACCUCUACUUCAAAAGUCAGAUUUACGAACCAAAUGGUUAAAAUCUAACAAACAACAGAUUUUCAUUUAAGUUGCUCAACAUGGCAUUACUCAGGUAUUACCAGAUCAUUGCUCUUACUUCAGGUGAUAAUCUACAUCCCCUUUCAGAAAUUUUCACAAAAAUAAUGGUUCUUUUUCUCAGAUCAACUCUGGAAAUGUUUUCACAGCUGUAUUCCUUUGAACUGUUGCUGGCAAGCAGAGCUAUUGUAGCACAAAGUACUUUUUAAUGUAAGAAUCACCACAUUUAGCUUCAGUCAAAAUUUAGCUAUCUAUACAUUGGACAGAAGAAAAAUAAAAUAUUAUAGGUGUUCAAGUGCAUCAACAACAAGAGUGAAAACUGGUAACAGACUAAUGUAGGUUCAGCUGAUGGAAUAGGUGCCAUCAAAAACACAAGCUCGUAGUGGUUGAACUGCCUCAACAAACCUGACAGGAACAGAACACUGAAACUACUGAGAGAAAGCUUGCAGGAUUUUCCCUAACUUAAAUACAUAAAUCAAAACCUGGCUAUAAUUAGAGUUCUUUGUUAAUACUGAUUCACAAUUUAAGAGCAUAAACUACAGUCAGUACAGGGCUCACAAAUCUGUGCAUAAAAUGGCUGAUGUUUUAAUAAGAAGUGGUUUCACAUUAAUGGCAGGCCACCACAGAAAAGAAUGGAGGAAUAAAACACUUUGGUUUUCACUUUUUCAGAGGCUCACGUUUCUCAUUAGACUUAGAAGCAGCAGCUUUUCAUAAGCUACUCUCAUUGGGAGUGCUUAUUUUUUAGAAAACAUUAGAAGGAUUAUGAUUAUUUUAGUGUUUGACAGGUUUUACUUCAAUUUUUACAUAAAUAGCUUUCACCAUAUUGUGGUUAUGCUUAAGUAUAAGAACACUGAUCAAUAGUUUAGAUGCACAGUAUUUAUUUCUUCUGCUGGAAGGCAACUAUAUUUAAUAAUUGUAUCCAAGACACUUCAAAUCAUUCAGAAAUAUGGCAUGCAGUAUCCAAAAGUAUGGCUCUGAGGAUAUUUUUUUACAUUAAGCAUAAAGAAAUUUUAUAUUCAACAUUCAUUAUAUUUCAAGAAAACUAUCUAUUCAGAGUUCUAGCUCUUUGAUGCAGCAUUAAGGAUUAAAACUUACCACUUUACCAGGCCUUGCCCAUGUGCAAAUAAAUCCCUCCUGACAAGCAGUGACUAUACAGUCUUCAAGAAAAAUUAACACAGUCAGUCUUUCAUGUGCUAUCUUUUUACAGAUAAGAGGCUCUAACAAGGGAACAUCUUCCAUUCGGGGACAGAGAGGUGUUCCCAAAGUUUUAGCUGGGUCCGUUUUGGUUUUAGUAACUAGGUUCAGUUUGUCACUGCUCUUGCUAGAUAUAUGUCCCAUGCUAUGGUUUCUCUUGUGAUCUUUCUCAUGGUGUCUUUCCUUCCGAUCGUGUAGCGAUAAGGUUGCAAAUUUACUAACGCCAGAAGCAAUGGCACCAUCCAUGACACUGCUUUUACUGCCAGCAUUUGAGACUGCAGAGUGUGGAAGGCUGUUGGACCGUGGAAGAGGAGGGGGUACAGAGUUUCCAGGUGUUGUGAUACUGUUUCCAUUACUUCCUGGGUUAGUUCCACCACUUCCUGCAGGUGGACUUGUGGCAUUCAUGACAUUUGUAUGUGUCCUUGCUCUUGAGAGAGGUUGGUGGGGGAAGAGGAUAUCUUCUGUAAGAUCCCACAAACAGAGCUGCGUGUCCUGGCCUACUGAACCAAAUCUAUACGUAACACUUACUGGACGACUGUCUGUAGAGUUCCUUUUGGAUAGUCUAGAUUGCGUGCUAUUUGCUCGAUCUCUGCCAAAAUGAAGGUCUUGGAAAUCCUCAUCGCUUCCGCUAAAUUCCAUCGGGUCGCUCUCUUCUACACUAGUGGUAUACGGAUCAAACGCAACGACACUGACCCACGACUUAUGGCCGUGGCCUCUCGCUAUGACUCGGCAGUCCACGAAAGACCAAACUGUCACCAAGUCAUCCUCUCCGCCUGUCACUAUGUACUUCCCGUCGGGGCUCCAACACACACACAGCAGUCCUCCAAAGUAGCUUUUCAUUGUACCAUGCAAUUCCACCGAAUCAAAGUUAAACACGCGAAGAAAACCAUCCUGGCUCACACACGCCAAGAACUUCCCGUCGGGGGAAAAGGCAAAUUCGUUCAGGGCACCCUCACCUACUGUCCACUUAAGCAGAGGGUUUCUUGUGGAUUUGCUCUUGCAAGUGUGCACUGCAAAGCUCUCUCCUUGUUUAAGUAGCUGGUAGUGCGGGGCUGUGGUACCACAAGUGUGCUCCACGUUAUACAAGUACAUAUUGCCACUGGAAUGAGCUACUAGGAAAAGGCUUUCCGAACCUGGUACCCAUUUUACACAGGUUACUCGGGACUUGUCUAUUAGUCUCUGUGAAAAACAAAGAAGAUACACAUCAGAAACUCUGAAAAUUAAAGUUUGCGUGAUUAACUGUAAAUCUGAGCUUUCUGGGGGAUGAGGAGCAAUACUUAAAUAAAGUGAACUUAACUUUCUAGACAGGGACUAUGUUAGUUACUGUAUUUGCUAAAACUUAUCAGGCAGUAAAGAGGGAAUUAUUUUCAGACCAAGUGCUUUCAAAGGUUAUUCUUAUGGUCCAGUCACAUUCCACAAAGACUGUACUUCAGUCAAGCCAAUCUGUUAUGAAUCUAAAGGCAGUGCUCUUUGGUUUACGUUUCCCUGUGUAGGUUGAAGAGCAUGAGAAGGUAACAAGAAAACAUUUAAUAAACUAAAGGGAAAAAAAGCACUUACUCAUCUAUACUAUACAGCAAACAGGUUACAAAUCAACAACAGUAAAUUCAGGCUCUGAUUUUAUCUGAAAUCACAAAUAAAACCCAACCUCUGAAAAAAAACCUACCAGCUUUUACUGAUUCAGGGAGCAAAGGCUGCAUACACAGUGACCCUGUUAUCAUGUGGCUGCAAAGUCAGUAGGUAAAUGCACAUGGCAGGGUGAAUUCACAGGGCACCACAAACUUUCACCUUGGAAUCCCCAACCUUCAAUUAUUUUUCUUUCAAUAGCCAAGGACCUGUCAAUACCCUGUUACCAUUUGAUUAAGCACUUUCUUUUAAAUCAGAAUGUUUUACUGGAGUUCAUAAUUGCAAAAGAAUGCACACACAUUAAACAAACAUUCCUGAUCUUGACUUCAGUACUCUAAGAACUGAGAAGUGAAGUGUGACUCCUUUGACUACUGUAGUUCUGGUGGACUUCCACAACUUACCACGUUGUCCAUAGCACCACUCAGCUGUAACUUGCAGACAAGUAAUUCUUUACAAGCACAUUCAAGAUUUGUAUUUGGCAUACUGAUUGUAAGGAGAAAGAAGAGCUGAGCCACACAAAAGGCAAGAGUGCAAAUGUAAAGAGCCUAAGGAAUACCAGAACAAGUUGCAAAAGCCCUAAGAACAAAGAAUCCCACCCCACCUUGCUAUGCUGUUUAUCACACACAAAAACAUCAAACUAAUAACAUCAACUGUUAUCUGUUGUGGAACUGGACUGGAAAGCAGCACCUGGCCAUUCUAGAUGACACUUCUGCUGCUGUCAACCUCAGUAUAAAACCAGAAAGUCUCUCCUGUAAUUUCUCAUUGGUUAAAACAGCCAUGGUAUAUUUGAGAUCUGAGAGAUGUAACUAAAUAUGGCAAAGUUCCUUCAAAUGGAGUAGCUUUAAAAUAAUAGAGUCUAUAAUUCUUGUUGUCAUAUAGUCUGCAGUUCUGUUGGGAUAUUUCAGCUAGUUUGUCGUGUAUUCACUGAUAUAUAUCAUGCAUAGCUCAGUAAUGAUGGCAUCUGAUACAUUAGGGAGAAAGUUACCUGGCACACACUAGGAGAACAAAGGCAGGGAACACCAGCCCAGCUGGUUUCCUGAGAGUCUUCUCAUUGCCAACAUGGCAACAAAAGCAAAAUUUCUUGCUCUCUACUAAAACAGCUCAAUCUGACAUACAACCUUUACUCAUAAGAGUACCUGCUCAACUUUCAUACUAGAAAUGGCACUUUAUGUCCUACAUGAUCCUAAAUACUGCAGAGAAACUCCACAAACCUGGAGCAGGCUGCAAAAACCAGAAGAUUACAAUUUGCAAUGAGAACAGAUCAGCUCAGGGAGACAAGAUGCAGAGAGACUUUAAUCUGCCAUGUACAAGUGACUACAACACAUCCCCUUCUCAAGAUACAAACUCUGAAGCUGUGACUUCUGUGAGUUUUAAAAGCUUUCAGCUGGGUUCACAAAGUUCUGCCGCACAACAAAGCCAGACCUGCAGCCAGUGGGAGCAGCAGAUGCAUUACAAGAAUGGUCUGAAUGCAGUAUCAGCACAUCAGUGAGGGAUGUGAGAUAAAGAGCUGAUGUUCAGUUUGAUGGAAGAACAGGAAGUGAAGAAGCUUCACUCACCAGGCAGAAACACUGGCCAAGAUUAUCUUGGUCGUGUUUUGAAGAACUUGAAGGGACAAAAUUACAGGCACAGGCCACAAAUGACUGAAAAAUCUGAGGCAGUCAAAGAAUAUGCACUAAGGUCUUACACAGCUUUGGCAACAAAGAUACAGGACAAGUUUAUUAGGAAAAAAAUGCAGCUCAAGGCUUCAGUUUAAUUUAAAAAAGGAUUAAAAAGUAAGAUUAAAAAGCACUGGCUAAUUUGAUAAUAACCAAUUACCACCUGGAAGCAACUGAAUCUGUGAGGUGUAUUAGACUGGUUUGGGCAGUAAGAAAAUAUCGGUGGUUUAAUUUUGACACAACUGGAAGGAAUACCACUGUGGCUACAGAUGGAUUGAUGUAGGCAGCCACAAGCUGCACAGUAUCUAUCACCCACCUCAGCCUUUCAAGUCCCUAUCAUCCUCUACAUCAACAGAUUAGUAACAAGUUAAGACUAUGCUAGGGCUAUUGCAUUUUUUGUUCAAUGUAACCUAUCAUAACAGGUUGAAUUAUUUCAUGUAUCAUAUAUAUUCUGAUUGCUCUCCCACAGCUGAUAGUCAAAGCAGAGCUCUGGGCUACCUGAAGCACCAAAUCACUCACAGGACAGGUGGUGAAUUCUGUUACCUCCAGCAUGAGUGCUGGAUCUGUAGAACAACGUUAACACUCAUUCAGACCACCUUAUCCCUACAGUUAUUCCCAAAGACUAUUUAAACUCAAAAUAUAUUCAAAAUCCAAUAGGCACCUUCAUCUUGAAGCAAAUGAGCUGGUUCAAACAUCAGUGCUCACUAAUGUUUCUCUGAAUGGGGCCUUAAAUACAAGCCAGAACUUAUAAACAUCUAGGGCAAACUUCAAUACUGGAAUUGACAGAAUAAAAGUAUAUUUCAGUUUUAGAGUUGGUUGUAACUGCAGAUAAGGUCAGUGUAGGAAACAAGAAUCUGUCAUUUAACUGUAGCUUACUGUGUGUAGUUUUGGUAGCACUGAGCAAAUCGUUACAUUAGCUUGGUAGAAGAGAAAUCACCUCAUUUAAAUUUCCACCAAACUGUCAAAGGCCACAUUUCCAUCACACUGAAUAAUCUGACAACAGCACAGACAAAAAGCAAUACUGGCUGAUGGAAAUUGCUUCACUUCUUCCAGCAUUUGGGGAAUACCACAGGAGCUAUUCAGCCUGCAACACAGCUCUGCACUGUAGUCACCAGACAGUAAACACCAUCAAGGCCUGGAAAUGUGCACUGGGCCUUGAUAUAAGCAUUCCACCAGAAGUUUUUCUCAAAGGAACUAUAGCUCAGCUACAGGAGUGGGAACUACUCUGUGAUAUGAAACCAGCUGUUUAGAGUAUGUCUGCUACCCUUAAUACUUACAAUGUUCUUGUACAAGAACAAAUAACACACUUUUGGGGGGGUAGGUGGGGGUGGUAGGGCAAUGCUAAAAUUAACAUUUCAACUACUUAUACAGAGGUUUUUACCAACAGACAAAAGACUCAUUAAAAGAUUCUCCAGCACUAUUUCCCACUCAACACAAGCAGAGACAGAGCAGUUGGGACAAGGCCAGUAUAUCUGCUCAGAGGAAAUCAGGCCAGCAAUAAAAGAGAAAGUAAACAAGCUUCACAUAAAACAGAAUUGCUCCAAAGCAUUAAACUUUGGAGGACAAGGACUGAAGAGUAGAAGAUCUUUGGUAUUCACAGAGCUACACAGAGAGAAACUAGACCUGUCAGUAGGGAAAAAUCCUAACCAGCUACACAGGUGAGCCAUUUCCAAGGCAAAUUUAACUACAAGAUAUGCAUGACAAACAUUUAUACACAAUAUUAAAGCUGCACUUAUGUUUUGCAGCACAUAUUAUAAACCAGUUUAAUCAGGUGUACAGUCUCCUAGUUAAAAACUCCAAAAUGAGAUGAUGUAUUACAAUUUCUAAAGUCAGCAGACUAAAAAGUUAUUCCCCAGAGUCCAGAGAUCCAUUUUAAGCUAAAAGAGAAUAUUACCAAUACCCCUUCAAGGAGAAAUUAAAUAGAAUACUAGUUCAACUGGGAGGUGGAAGGAUAAUGUGCAUGCCUGCCACAGAGCAUUCACCAGCUCACAGGCUGAUGUAAAUCUGUGAUUUGAAGUUGAAAGAUCAAAUCCUAAAGGCCUUGCAAUUAGACUGUGUAACAUUCCCUUGUCCUGUAUCACUAUAAACAAGUGAUGGCAAGAGAGAACUCUCAGAACUGGGGUAGCAUUUCUAUCUGGAAGAGCAAGCUACACAACCACAUAGCCAUACCUCAAAUAAAGCAGAAUUAAAGCAAACCUAUGAGACUCCAAGUUCUCUCCUCUGGACAGAAGUUGCAGCAGGACUCAAUGCCUAAGAACAAAGAUCCAUUCUAAAGUAAACACGACUUGGUCUGAAUCGUACUGAAUGACCAUAGCACCACAGAGUGUCCCAGCCAGCAGAGGAUACAGGCAUUGCCACCUUCUUCUGAAUCCUCAUUGUCCCUUUAAGCAGCAAAGAAUCAAUAAAUAGGUGGCUAUGUUCAAACUAUACCUUGCUCCUUUGUCUGGCUGAGGUUUUACAUCACUAGCUUUUGUUUUUCUUGUCCAACAACUUUGGCGUGACAAGUUCCCUAUCUCAUGAAAUUCUGUGGUAACAGACCUAGCAACACAUGAAAUUCUGAUAAACUGAAUCUAAGCACAGACUUCACUGUGCUUAUUCUAGCUGUUUUCUGGGAACCAGAUGGCAGUGAGAAUCUGUCUGAACUUAAAUGAAGUAUAAAUAAACUAAAUCAACCCAGAAUUAACCAGGCUCCUACUGACAGGGAUGCCCCGCCUUUUAUUUACAUGCAGCUACUGCUUUCAGUUACAGCACACUUGUCUCAGGGAGAGAAGUCAAAUCUACAAGCACUAAAGUUCUGCUUUGGUCUAGAUCUCUCUUAACUGAAAGAGAGAAGAAUCAAUGGGCACAGCAGCUAGGAGACAUUUUCUUUAUUUCUGCAUGAAGGUUGCUAUUGGAUUUUGCUAAGAACAAGAAAAAUGCUUACUCAUAAAAUCAAGCAUGGGACUCAGUGUUUCAUCAGCUCACCACUAAACCCAUUUGCUAUUUUGUGAAAGACGUGAUUCUCAGAGAAAAGCUUUUACAUGAGAUCUUGUCCAUAAAAACCUGUCAAAUCCUAAGAUCUGACAUAUCACCUUGCUCUUUACUGAACACGGUGAUAUAAAUUUCCCUCUGCUUAGAAGUGGUGAUGGACUUUGAAAAAACCCCCAAAAAAUCUUGGGAUUAAGUGCUGCUGGGCAUGGAGAUUAAAAGCACAGGAGCAGACACCCUCACCACAGCACCUGGCAGAAAGUUAUUUGCACACUUCCUGUCCCAAUGCUUUUAAAAUUUUCUUCUGAAAAACACUCAGCACUAUUCCAGCCUGCCCACUCUGAGAAACUUCCUCAACUGUGGAUGAUUCACGAUGAGAGCAACACUUUCAGUAAUCACAACUGAAAGCAGAAUGGGGCAGCUUGUGCAAGGCAAGGAACACCAAGAGCAUCCUUACCUGUGCAAGCCUUGAAGCACAUCUCAGCUAAUGAAGGCUCUGGGACUUGCACUUGGCCAAAUGAUCCCUGUGCUAAAAGUCUGCUCCUUCCAACAGACAGAGGUACUGUACCCCCUGGGCAAAGAGACAAGGAAUAACAGGCUUUGGGCACCAACAGGAACCUCACACACUGUCACAAAGCCAGUGACACAGCUGAACAAAACUGCUGUACCUUGGGCAUCCACAGCUUCCAAGUCCUGUCUCUGAGGAGAUUUGAACUCUCCCUUGAGAGAACCUCAUACUUGCUCACAGAAGAAAAAUUGAGCUUAGAUGCUUCUGGCUGAAAAAAGAGGCAAAGCAACCCCUGCUGGAGCUCUCUGCUCUACACCAUCUCCUGUGAAUGGGGCAGAACCCUCCCUGACUCGGUCACUGCAUUAGCAAGGACGGGGAAACUGAACUUGCUUAUUCUUCCUCCAUGUCUGUGCUGGUCUCCUUCUCCCUCCUGCAGACACGCCAAAAGGCAGGGACUGCUGAGGAACACAAGAAAGCAGAGCUACCCCAGGCACUUCUGCAGAAUUUUCUGGCCAACUCCAUUCCUUGUUUCUGUACAAGUUUCUGACAGAAAUACCAGCAUCAAUACUUCACACUCUACUUUAUUAACAUAGGAGUGGACUUCCAGAUUUUUUUGGUUUUAUAGCCCAAAUACAGAUCACUUACUAUUACCAACAUAAUAAUUUGUAGUUACAUCACUGUUGUUUCAAGCUGAUCUGAUCUCACAGCUGACCCUGCUUGGGGCAGGUUAGACUGGGGACUCUCAGAGGUUCCUUCCCACCUGAACAGCCCUGGAAUCCUAAGCUUAGGAUCAACCAAAGCAGCAGCAACAGGGCCACUCCCACAUUACUUAACAGGUCUGGUUUGCAUCAUAAAGGAAAUUCAGGAAGCAAAAAAACUCCAGGAACAAGUUGGUUGUCUUUCCCUAUAAAGACCACUGAUGUAGGGCAAAAGUUCUGCUUAGUUUAUAUAAAAUACACAACAGAAAGUCCAGGCAACACUUCCUGCAAGUACAAAGGCCUAACAAAACACUCUUCAGUGCAGCUGACAGUGACACAGUGUCAGUAGCAAAUGGCUGCUACAAAUAUAACUGCACAGAAGCUGACAGACUGCUGAUCUGGCUUUCUCGGCAGAAAGUUUCAAGUCUGGCAAGAACUCACAUCAUCCCUUCAGAUACACAAACCUUUCAGGUAAUGUGUAGGUCAACACAUAUUUGCUCCAGAAGCCCCUCCAAACACUUAAAAUAGUUUAAAAGCUUCUCAGCUUUCACUUAGAAACCAAAGAGAAAGAAAAGAAAGCGGGGGGAAAAAAAGGUAAAAAUUCUCAUUAGGAUUCAAUAAAAAGCCAGUAGAUAAUCACCAUUUGUAAAGUUGCCCUAUUUAUAGCCACAAUAGGUUUCCUAAAUAAAUGGGAGCUGCUUUUUCCAUACCUGAGUGAUGUGCUUAGUUUCCAGGGUUGCAUAACAGGUGUUGUGUGUGUACACAGAGUAGUUUUAAACGUCUCCUGAGCCUUGCAAAGCCAUUAAUGCUAAGGAAAUUUUAGGUCUUUAUAUUGCAUUCAAUGUACCUGCUUUAUAUUAAAGUCACAUUUCUAAACUUCAAUAAAAAUAUUAUUUUUAGUUUUCCAUUUCACAUUUGGCUGAUCUUCCAACUCCAUGAACUGAAGCAUCAAUAGCUUGCCACUCACAAUACUGUUCUUCAUAAAUGGGUUCCUGUAUCUUUGCAGAAGGUUUUUUAAAAGUUACAAAGCACUUGAUUAAAUGCUGAACAGGAACACUUAAGGCAUGUGACAGUUUCUAGGAUACUCUGUAAGAACAGCUCUGCUAGUAAAACAGGGACACCAAGUAAUUUUAUUUAACCUAAUUUUUUUUCAAGUGUUCCACACAAUUCAUCCAUAACAAAGUCUUAAAGAUCAAUUUUGUACAAAGCCGCUUGAAAAUUUGGAAAGCUACUUGAUAUUCUUCUGCCUUCUAGAUUUAAUUCCCACUUGGGGCCAUACAAGACAUACAUGACUUUUGAAAGGAGAAAAACAUUACUUAACAAGAUUUAAGCAUUUAUUCAUACAGCAGACAAGUGUGACCACCUACAUUUAGAGAAGAGCUCUAGACCAGAUAACUGGACAUAAAUCCAUAUUUAGGCAGAGAUCAGUGCAGUUUUCUGAAGGAUCCAAUAAAAUAAUCAUAUUCUGUUUCCAGAAGAAUUACUCUAAGCAUUCAAACAGAGCAAAGAGCACGCACUGGUUUGAAAUAAAUCUGUGUCAUAUUAACUGAACCGAUGGUUAUAUAAUUGACAAGAUCAAGAAAGUAGAUGUGAGCACCAUAAAGAAUGCACAUAAAGGACUGUUUGAUUUACAGCUUAUCAUAACAAUGUUAACUCCAUUUUAGUAAGGCCAUAAACUACAACAUUUCUGUGCUUACAGUAUAGAUCAGCACAUUCUUUUGGAAGUUGUCUAAGGUGAAAGCACCAGUCUACCAAUAACCCUAGAAAAAGUAGAUAUUUUUAUUUUUUAAAAGUGUUUAAAAACCUCAGAAGAGCAGACUCAGAAAGAAAUUUUGUUUGCAAGUCCUUCACAGGUGUAUACAGCUUGUGUACUUGUAUACAGAUCAACUUACUCUUCAUUUAUAAGAUGAUCAAAGGGCACUAAAGCAGUACAAGAAUACUAACACAUUUGAAUUACUGAGGCUAAGGGAAGUUGAAACAAGGUUUUGAACCCCUCCACACAAAAAUCCCUCUGCCUUCUGAGCACAUAAUGCUGUUGCUGCCUCCACCUGUCAUAACCCAAGAGAGGUCUGUAGUCCCUGAAACUGUUCCUUUAGAAACUUAAAGCAUCUUCAGUUCAAGGUGUUACUCACUUGGUUCAAUUUUCAUCCAUGCUAACACUGCUGCUUUGGAGUGGAAGAUCAAAAAACACACAAUUUGUGACAGUGCUGUUCAAAGAGCCAGGAAGACCAAAUUGUUCUAAUGAACUGACCAUGACACAGCUCUCCAGAGCACAUCCUGGUCAGUCCUGACAGGAGAAACCCAACAUCCUGCCCACUCCACAUCCAGAGUUAACCAGAAGCACUUCAAGCAACUCCAGCAUCUUCAGCUGCACUAUAAUCAAACCACUAAAGCUUCGGGCAAGUGACAGAACACUAACUUUUCAAAAGAUGUUUGUUUCUCCAUAUUUAAUAAAGUUUAUAUUAUACCUACAGAAGUAAACCUGCUCCCUUUGCUCACUCAAUGCACUUGAAUUACACAAUUUGGACAACACUACUUUACUAUGAGACAAGAAGAAUACAUGAGCUUUAACUUCUCUCGACCCUCCAAACAAUCCCUCAGAAACCCAUGCUGAAGAAGAGCUAACAAAAGGUAUUCCACAGUUCCUUCUGCAAAGUUCCCCUCAUGGUGGGUGCCAGUUAAUGACAUGAUCAACUCAGAUAGAAAUUGAGACUAUGACUCCAGUGUUCUGCAUUUGGUCACACUAAAUCUGUAAACAGGCUAAUUAAACAACUCUGAAUAAAGUCACUGUAUCACACAUUCCCAACAGA